CUUUUAGUUAAGAAAACACACGAAUUUAGCAUGUCAGGGACAACGUGGAAAAUUUCAAGGACCAAGGACAACCUGAAGUUUGGGUAGUGAUGGGACCAUGAGGAUGAACCUUAUGGGGAGAUCGCAGACCCUGGAGCAUUCUGCUGUUUUCACUGGGGUACAGUAGGAGUUGGCUCCAUGACUUGAAGGCAGGAAUUACAGCUUGAUGAGAGACGUUAGCAAAUGUAUUUAAUAGCAGCUCUUGGCUCUAUUCUCAAGCUGCUUUACAGCUUUAUAUUUUGGCACUGCAGGACAUGACUGAGGUCCACUGUAUGGCAAAUGCACAAUUUCCUGAGGUUAAUGACUGAUUAAAGGAUCACAGGAUGCUGAUAGUGGUACUGUUUUCUAAGAAAGUCACUGAAUAUUUGCUGCAGAAGAGCUGCCCACAACCUUCCUUGGGUUUCUCUUCUGGAUAACCCCCAUAUUGACUCAGUGGCCGUGGACACAAAUUAACAGCUUACUUUACACAGUUCCUAAUGGCCUAUUAAGGUGUUCAAUUAUUAGGCCUUUCCAUUAUUUUGCCAUCUCAUUUAACCGAAUGAUGAUCUUGCUAAGUCUUUCUUUCUGUUUAUGUAUAUUUGUAUUCACUGAAGUUAAGAAACAGCUCUCACAGGUAACCAGACCUUCCAAAGGCAGCUCAGAAAAGCCAAGAAGGACCAGGGCUUUUAUUUAAGGGUGUGUUGAAGCAUCUGAUGUCAACGUGGAAGAGGAGGGAGCUAUGGAAGGGUGUGUUCGGGCAAGGGGAGCCAACCAGCCCUAGAAGCACAGGGCGUGGCUUGGAGUAGGAUGGUAUAACGGGUAGGCUGAGAUGGUUCACACUCUGUCUGGACAUAGACCUGCCGAGCUUGGACUAGCAAAUCUCAGCGCUGACUGCACACCUACUGGAACCAAUGGCUCCACAGACUGGCUCCACCGGAAAGGAGACACAACCUGUUUCCACCUUUCCACGGCUUUUCACUUGGGAAGAGAUCAGAACCCACAACGGCCGUGGCCAAGAUCAGGAGCAAUGGCUGGUGAUCGACAGGAAGGUUUACGAUGUCAGCAAGUUUGCCAAGCGACACCCUGGAGGCAGCCGAGUUAUCAAGCACUACGCUGGGCAAGAUGCUACGGAUGCCUUCAUAGCAUUUCACAAUGAUAAGUCCCUGGUGAAAAAAUACUUGAAAUCUCUGCUGAUCGGGGAGUUGGCACCAGAUCAACCCAGCUUUGAGUCUAAUAAAAAACAAUCACUUCUAGAGGAUUUUCGUGAGCUGCGCUGCACCAUUGAGAAGAUGGGACUUCUGAUGCCAAAUUACGUCUUUUUCUCCCUGAUUUUCCUUCACUUUCUGGUACUGGAUGCUGCAUCCUGGCUCGUCGUCUGGUACUUUGGGAUAUCCCUGGUGCCUUUCCUGGUUGGCAUUGCGUUCUUCACCAUCGCUCAGAUCCAGAUGGGCUGGUUCCAACAUGAUCUUGGGCACUGUUCUGUCUUCAGGAAGCCUCGAUGGAAUCGAUUUCUGCAGAUCGUUGUGAUAACUGCUCUGAAGGGAGCACCAGCCAGCUGGUGGAAUCACCUGCACAACCAGCACCACGCCAAACCCAACUGCUUCCGCAAAGACCCCGACCUCAACAUGCACCCUCUCCUGUUCAGCCUGGGAAAGUCACUCUCCGUGGAGCUUGGAAAAAAGAAGAAGAAGUUCAUGCCUUACAAUUACCAGCAUAAAUAUUUCUUCUUAUUGGCCCCACUUGCACUGAUACCCUUCUUCCAGCUCUCUGUAUUCUACUUUGCAAUCAAGAGGAAAAAGUGGUUGGAGCUGUUUUUGACAGUGUUGUUCAACAUCCGAGUCUGUCUGAUGUAUGUUCCUUUGAUGGGAUUUAACAAUUUCAUGGUGUACUACUGGCUGGCCAGGUACCUAGAGAGUAACUGGUUUAUUUGGGUGACACAGAUGAAUCACAUUCCAAUGCACAUUGAUUAUGAUAAGAACAAAGACUGGGUAUCUACACAGCUCCACGCAACAUGCAACGUGAACCAAUCUUUGUUCAAUGACUGGUUCACCGGGCACCUGAACUUUCAAAUUGAGCACCACCUUUUCCCCACGAUGCCCCGACACAACUACUGGAAAGCAGCUCCUCUAGUGAAAUCCCUUUGUGAUAAGCAUGGCAUUGAGUAUAAAAGCAAAACUUUACUGACAGCCUUUGUAGAUAUUUUGCAUUCACUGAAGGAUUCUGGGGAGCACUGGCUUGAAGCAUAUCUGCAUGGGUAGGCACUGGCAACUCUCCAAGGGAACCUCUUCACCAGACGACUGAAUCAUAGGUUGGUGUGGGCUGGAAGGGACCUUAAAGGUCAUCUAGUUCAACCCCUUGCCAUGAGCAGGGACAUCUUCAACCAGAUCACAUUGCUCAAAGUCCCAUCCAACCCGGUCCUUGAACACUUCCGCAGACGAAGCAUUUACAACUCCUCUGGGGAACCCGUUCAAGCAUCUCAGCACCUUCAUAGUAAAGAAUUUCUUCCUUAUAUCUAAUUUAAAUCUACCCUCAUUCAGUUUAAAAAUGUUGCCCCUUGUUCUGUCACUACAAGCCCUGGUAAAAAGUCUCUCUCCAUCUUUCUUGUAGCCAUCUUUCAAGUACUGAAAGGCUCCAAUAAGAUCUCCUCCUUACUGUUUUUGGCUCAGCAGAUCAAUGAAAAUGGGAUAGGACAAAGCAAUUCAGGAUACAUUAGGACAGGGAGGAUCUUUAAGGAAUAUUCCAGAAUAGAAAACAUAAGUAUGUGAAGAACAAGAUGGCCUGGAGUGUGUCCCCAACGCUAUUGUACAAGUAUGUGCACUGUUCGUGGAUCGCAUAGGGAGGCAGGUAACUAGAUGCUACGUGUUGCACCUGUAAUAGCUGGUUUGAAUACAGUCCAGAGAGUCUGUAUAGCAUGUAUUAUUUAUAUGCAUAAAUAUAUGUACAUAUUUUAAUUGAGUGGUGUCUGGGCUGAGUCACUUUCUAAUGUAGACCAGCUAUGCAUAAGACCGAGAAGCCAAGGCACUGAGGAAGGAUCUUUAGGGUGCUCUUGUUUUAUUGGAUUUUUUAUACAUUAAUUUUUGUCUAAAUGCUUACUUCCUCGUGAUUCCAGGGACCUGUGAAUACCUAUUGGUUGUUAAGUAACUAAUUACAUUAAUGGCUCUGUUCCUAUAUCUGGAAAAUGAAAUAAAUCAUACCUAAUUCUAUCAUCCCAUGUGGACCACUUCAACCCUUGCAAGCUUUCUCUUCCAGCAUCCCCAAGAACCAGCUCCUUUCCUGGAACUCCGUCUAACCAGUUUUGUACCUGGAAUUUAACUGUUUGACCCCAAGAAGGACCUAAUCCCCCUCUGCUUGUGGUCAAGGACAGUUUUUGCCAGUGGAAAGUCUAAUGACCACAUGUCUAGAAGGCACAGGAGCUCUCCAAGAACUCUAUAGGGUUUUGAGAGAGCCAACAAAAUGAAGAAGCUAGGAGUAGGCCUAUAGUAGGAUAUUUUCAAAGAAAGUGCUUUAAACUGUAUGGAAAAGGUAAACUGUAAAUGAGGAGACAUGAACAUGGAAUAGCAGACAGAAGGAAUAGAGAAUGUGUGAAAGAACAAGGAGAUGUGUGGGUAUCAAUUAACAGCAGGAAAAAAAAGAAGAGGAAAAAAAGCUGAGUGGUGAUAAGAUGGUUAUUUGGAAAAACCGGAACACAGGAAAACCAAGAAAUAAUAUCAAUAACUAUCAAUGAAGCUUCUUGUCAUGAUUUUUAGAUUGAAAGUCAAUACCUGUAUUAGAGUGUAUGACCUCUGAUUAAUCUUACUGAUUUUGCAAAGGAAUGAUGAUUCAAUGACAACAUUUUCUAAAAUCAUUUAUAGUUAAUAUGGUCCAUUAUGAGACAGCUGAGCCAUACUGGCAAAACUUCUACUAUAUUCAGCUAACUGACCUAAAACCAUGAAGGCAGCAUUAAUGGCAAAUAAGUAUAUAAUUUGCCUAUGAAAGCAAAGACCACGUGGAAGAAAAGUGGUUCUUCUCCUCCACCAUUCACAUCCAGAACACUCUGCCCCAGCUUUCAGGACAAACCACCCAAAGGAGGAAAAUGUGAAAGGUUUUGAAGUGAGAUACCACCUUGAACAACAUGGCCCAUGAACAACAUGACCCAUCCGCAACCCACUGAUGAGCAACUUCCACGUUUUAUAAGCUACAGACAACAACACUCUUCUAGAUAACAAAUUCUAUCAAGCCUAAUGCACAAGGCAGAAGGAGUUUGAACUUUUUACUUUUGCCUUUUUUUUUUUUAAGAACAUCCCCCUUUAAUCUAUUUAUUUGUAUUUUAUGUGUAAGUGCAGGUACUAAUAACACCGUCCUAGCUCUUUCCUAAUAAUAACUGACAGAUGUCAUUGAAACGGAUGCUGAUUAAACAAGUAGUUAUUAAAAACCGCUUUGAAUGUAAUUUGAAAAUCCCUUCCAACUAGUACCUGAAAUGAUUCUGUGCUCCCAAAUCCAAGGUUGAUUAGAAUGGUGAUAUCCACAAUGAUGUGCAACAGUCAUAACAUUAUAAGCAUUUAAGUGUCUUAAGGUGAAUGCAGGGAUUUCUCUAUAUGCUCUAUUUGGUAAUAUGAGACAUAUCUCAGUGAAGGUAAUAAUACAAUUAAGGAUUCCUGUUUUUUUACUGGUGAGACUUGAAACCUGUGCUGAUUAUAUCCUGAGCCCCACUGAAACCCUCUAUAUACAAGAAUGACACAAAUGGUCCUUUCGGGUGUCAGUCGCAUAAAUCAAACUGAUUACUUGUUGCAUUCUACUCAUUUGAAUGUAGUAAUUUAUUGAGUCUGUCUUCUUGCAACUUCGUUUUAAUUAAAAGGUUUCUAACUCUCUAA